AAUACAUAGCUUCCCAUUACACAAAUAACAGAAUGAGCGUUAGCAAGAGCCCACCGGAAGACCCCGCAGAUGUUAGUUUCGCUGAAGGCCAGGAGGAGGCUGAGCGCAGCAUCAAGAAGCUGUGUAAGAGGUUACUACCGGGAUGGAGCGACCUACAAGAGGAGGACAUGCGGAUGUCAAAGAUUAGCGGCGGAAUUUCCAAUCUAUUGGUGAAAGUGGAGCCGCCAGCGCCGCUGCAGGCUGUGGCUGUCAAGGUGUUUGGCGAGGUGUUUGGCGACAAGACAGAGCUGCUCAUCGACCGGGAGGCGGAGAAGCACACGCUACUGCGGCUCAACGCGGUGGGCUUCGGCGCGCCGGUGGUGGGCCUGUUCGGCAACGGCCGCAUCGAGGCCUUCCUGCCCUGCAAGACCCUCACGCCCGAGGAGAUGGCGCACCCGGGCUUUGUGCCGCACAUCGCCGCCCGCCUGCGUGCCUUCCACGACCUACCAGGCAUGGACUCGGCCUUCCCUACCGCCUCCACCAUCAACUCCACCUCGGCCUCGGCCUCGGCGCCCACGUCAGCGGCGGCGGCAGGGGCAGCGGCAGCAACGGCAGGGCCGCAGCCGCACGCGCCCUCGCCGCAGAGCAGCCAGUGGGACGCCAUCUUCGGCUGGUUGGACAUGGCGGAGCAGCUCAGCUUCGCACACGACCCCGCCAAGCAGGCCGCCUUCGACAAGGUGGACUUCGCCGCCAUGCGCGCGGAGCUGGCGCAGCUCAAGGAGCUGUGCGACAGGGUGGCUUCGCCGCGUGUGUUCUGCCACAACGACCUGCUAUCAGGGAACAUCCUGGUGAUUGCGCCGUCGGCCAGCCCGGCAGCGGCCGCGCCAGAGCCCUCCGCGUCCGACGGCGCAGCGACAAUGUCCGGUGUUGAAGACGGCGGUGAUGUGCUGGGCGGCGGGCGGCUGCAGUUCAUUGACUUUGAGUACAGCUGCGCCGGGCCGCGCGGCUUUGACCUGGGCAACCACUUCAACGAGUACGCGGGCUUCGACUGCGACUACACACGGUUUCCCACGCUGGAGCAGCAAGCAGCCUUCUUCCGCCACUACCUCAAACCAGGGGAGCUGCAAGCCCUGGCCACCGCCGCGCGCGCCCGCCGGCCAGCCGAGCUCGGAGCGGCCGCACCGCAGGCAGCCGCGGAGGCGGCGGCGCUUGAGGCCCUGGCAGCGGAGGCUUGCAUCUACGCGCUGGCGUCGCAUGCGUACUGGGGCGUGUGGUCCUUCAUCCAGGCGCGCUACUCGCCCAUUGAUUUUGACUACCUGGAUUACUCCGCGCUGCGCUGGGCCGAGUAUCACAGGCGGAAGGCGGAAUUUGUGGCGCUCGUGGACAAGAAUUUUCCGGCCUGAGCGCAAGCGGCAUGUGUUGUCAGCGCGACCAUGCGUACCGUGCCCGCUGAUGGGCAUGGGCUGGGCAUUGGCGGGGUGCGUGUUUGUCCCAAAAUGCUGGAGCGAGGGGCAAAGCAGGGGUGCACUUUCUGAGGACACGUGAUGUACUGUGCCGUUUGUAUUGUACAAUAGCUCGUUGCACAGUUCAUGACGUCUGGCGCGGGAUUCGGCAUCGGAUGCAUGCCAAGAUGCACCAGCAUUGGUCAGGCGGUGUUACAGCACUUUGAGAGCUGUGUGGGGACUGUGUAGGGGAUUCCAUGGUCUGGUGUGAAAUGAGCAAGGACAGCCAGGCAGGUAUAGGCAGUGCAGGUGCAGGUUGCGCUGUAUGGAGGUUGCAUGCAACUGCUGGCGGCAGCUCAUGCGUUACGCUGUGCCACCGCACGGUUCUAGCGGUACCCAGCGGGUCAAGUGCGCUGGGCCCCAAGCCCUUUUUUGCGAGCUGCCAGCUACCAAAGUAUUUGAAUUUGAGCGAAUGAGCGCAACAGGAGCGCAACGCCCCUAUGAUUCCCCAGUG